AUGGGUAGUGAAUUACGCAGAUGGACAUUCGUUGCACUAGUUAUUUUUAGUUUACUUUUCAAUCCUACAUCUGCAACUGAAAAAGAAAAGUUACUGGCGUGGAUUCAAGAGCACAGUGAUAUGUUUGUUAUGCUGAAGCACUGGAAUGAUUUACCUCUAAUAUCCACUGCAUGGAAACGACUAAAGACGACUCCUCAGGUGCAGGAGGACCGUAAAAAUUUCAUAAAAUCCGUUGAAAGUUUUCUUGAGCUUUUCGGAGAUGAUUUAAAAAUUAAGGUUGACAGCAACAGUUCACAAAAUGUUCAAAUACCUAAAGUCAAUGCAACUAUGGAAGUGGCCUUGCCGCACGAAAACUCAACGUCCGGAUCUGAGCUGAAAGAUAACACAGUGACAUCAGUAGACGCGAAUCAAAGCGUUGGUUUAAAAAACGAAACAGACACCAGUCGAGCAACACAUUUUGAUAUAGAACCUUUAAAAUAUGAAAAUGUCACAGAAAUAACUAUCAGCAAAAAUGUUUCCUUAAAUUCGUGCACCUGCAAUGAUUCUCAACAAUUUGAUCAAACAUCUUUCUUACGGGAUUACGAGGACGAGAAACGUUGGAUGCGAAGUCAGCUAAUUCCAUUGAACUAUCUGUUUGAAAAACUUAAAACAGUCGAAGACAGUUUUACGAAUUUACAGCGAGUCGACUGCACAAACGUGAUAAAGAAGGAUGAGACAAAUAGCAAUACAACCUCAAGCGCUGAUGCCGGGGCAGGUAAUCCAGAUCUCAAUCAAGUUCUUUUGCGGCUUGAGAACCUUGAAAAGCUAAGCAAGACAUAUUCUAAGGAAUAUGAAAAUCUCACUGCAGCAAUCACGUUAAUCCAACAGACCACUAAGGCAACAAACGAGAAUGUUGAAUUGCUUUCAAGCCGCGUGUCGGAACUUGCAGAUUCCAAGACUGCAUUAGCCGAGCGCAAUAACACGGAAGACGUAGAAUACUGUCCAGAACAUUUAGAUGAACGGGUUCCUUGCGCCGAAGUUGGCAAUUCUUGCUACUGUUUUUCCAAGUUACAGGUAACAAAUCUUGGUACACUCCGCACACUUUUUUGUUACGCAGCGUUUUCUCAAUUUUCUCAGAAAAAUUGGACAUCCGCGCAAGAAUUUUGUCGAAAAAAUGACAUGUUCCUGUUGAGCCUUGAAACGCAGAACGAAACUGAUUUCAUAAACAACUACAUUCAAAAUUCAGGGUUGCCAAAAGAUUUUUACUGGACAUCUGGAAGCGAUGAAGCUAAUGAAGGUCAAUGGAUUUGGACUUCAACGCUAGAAAAUGUGACAGUCACGAACUGGAGAAACAACCAGCCAGAUGGUGGAAAAAAAGAAAACUGUCUAUACCUUCAUAGUCGAGAUGAUUUCAAGUGGGGAGACUGGAUGUGCAAUUUAUCUCAGUAUUUCAUUUGCGAAUGGUAGAACCAUUCAAAAGUGGUGGAACACAGAAACAUCGCUUAACAUUGUUGUUAUUUUACGUAUUCUGCUUCGCUUUCGGGUUAUUGUGGAAAGUGGCAAUUACUGGCUAAAUAUGCUCAAUCAAAAUUCGUUUAAAAUAAAAAAAUACUCUUUGAA